AUGGCAAAUGGCACAGCCUCCCGAUAUUGCCUGGGCUUCUGCUGUCUGGGGCCGUCUCUGUUACGUAAGCUGCUCGUGGACGACGACGACGACGACGACGACGACGACGACGACGACGACGACGACGACGACGACGACAUUGCCUCCUCAGUUUCCCAGGCAGGCCAGUCUACUGUCUAUGUGGACUAG